GUUCCGCGGUACGCAGCGAGGACUAUCUCGCGCUCUUUGCAAUCUGCGCCAGGUACCCCCCUAUUCCGGGAUUGCGAGUACUAUCACACCAGUAAUUAUCAACAGCAAAAGAGAAUGCCACAACGACUAAACAUUAGUUAACCUGGUUCCCAGGAACCGUUUUCUGGCUGGACCGUCGUGACAGUAGCGUGUGUGUGAAGAUGGCGACUGGAACGGGUUGGCAGCAACCGUACAAUACCGCAUCGGGCAAUCCAUGUAUUAUUACCAGUACAGGGAAAUAUAAUUCAUGGAACAUGUUUUACGAGGCAGGUUUAACGAUGGAAUAUACUCAAGACCUGCAUCUGAAAAUGAGUAAGAAAAUAGCACAAUUGACGAAGGUUUGUUGAUGCGCACGUUUUCUUCUUGCAAGCUGUCACAGUACAGGCUCAUGCGUUUAUUUGUCCUGCUGGCAAUGGAAAUUAUGUAAUUCACUAUAGAUUCACCUAGGCUACAGUGUCUGUGUGAUAUGAUUAGCAGAAUUUAGUAAAGGCUACGUUGUUACAGUGAAAAUCACACUGAUGCUGAAGAAAAGCAUUUAAAUGUCCCUGGUGGAGUGGUCACUCAUCGCUAAGGAAAUAUACAAUUCAAUGUUAUUGUUGUCCUACCUAGGAAUACUGUCAUUCUGUUGAGGGCUGAUACAUUUGUGAACAGCAGGAAAUACAUUGUUUUACAUAAUUCCUGAAAGAUGGUCUGUUAUUAUAUCCUGUAUGGAUUAAAUAGUCAUUCCAUGUCAUCUACAGUAGGCCAUAAAAACAUUUAACUGACAGGAUAUUACUUUUGAAUUGUUGUUUUCUGUUACUAGCCUUCAGAAAGUAUUCACACCCCUUGACUUUUUCCAAAUGUUGUUGUGUUACAGCCUGAAUUUAAAAUGGAUUAACUUGAGAUUGUGUGUCACCUGAUCUACACACUACCCCAUAAUGUCAAAGUGGAAUUUUGUUUAUAGAUUUUUUACAAAUUAAUUAAACAUGAAAAGCUGAAAUUACUUGAGUCCUUCCUAACUCAGUUGCUGGAAAGGGAGGAAACCGCUCAGGGAUUUCACCAUGAGGCCAAUGGUGAUUUUAAAACAGUUACAGAGUUUAAUGGCUGUGAUAGGAGAAAACUGAGGAUGGAUCAACAACAUUUGGGGCAAACGCAACACAUCACUGAGUACCACUCUUCAUGUUUUCAAGCAUAGUGGUGGCUGCAUCAUGUUAUGGGGAUGCUUGUCAUCGGCAAGGACUAGGGAGUUAUUUAGGAUAAAAAGAAACGUAAUAGAGCUAAGCACAGGCAAAAUCAUAGAGGAAAACCUGGUUUUGUCUGUUUUUCAACAGACACUGGGAGACAAAUUCACCUUUCAGCAGGACAAUAACUGAAAACACAAGGCCAAAUAUACACUGGAGUUGCUUACCAAGAUGACAUUGAAUGUUCCUGAGUAGCCUAGUUACAGUUUUGACUUAAAUUGUCAUGAAAAUCUAUGGCAAGACUUGAAAAUGGCUAUCUAGCAAUGAUCAACAACCAACUUGAAUGAGCUUGAAUAAUUUUAAAAAGAAUAAUGGGCAAAUAUUGUACAAUCCAGGUAUGCAAAGCUCUUAGAGACUUACCCAAAAACACUCACAGCUGUAAUCGCUGCCAAUCAUGUAGCUGUAAUCGCUGAUUCAAACGUAUUGACUCGGGGUUAAAAAUGUAUCUAAUCAAGAUAUAUUAGUGUUUUAUUUGUCAUGAUUUUUUUUUAAAUCUUAGAAUUUUUCUUCCACUUUGACAUUAGAGUAUUGUGUGUGGAUCGUUGACAAAAAAUGACAAUUCAAUCCAUUUUAAUCCCACUUUUAACUUAUAACAAAAUGUGUAAGAAGUCAAGGUGUGUAAAUACUUUCUGAAGACACAGUAAAGAUUUUCACUUACCACAGACCGAUAUAUUAAUAAGGGGAAUUCCAUCAAAUAUACAGAACUUUUGUCUAAUACCUUACUAUAAGUACUGUAAAAACUGGAUAAUAUUUGGUGUAAUUAUUGGUAUCUUCAUUGUAAUGGAAAAUUGUGAAUUAUGCAGUAAUAUUUUGUUUUAUCAAAAGUAAAAUACUCUGAAACGUUUUACUGCAGCAUACUGUAAAUGAUGGUGUAUUGUUGGAAAAUGUUGUGGGUGGGGAAAGAAUUGCUAUAUUUUGAAUGGCACUGUAAUUCCACCCCACAGAAUACAGUACCUUACCGUAUAUUUGGAGCGCCAAAAACCUUUUGACCACUAGUGGGUGCAUGGUAUUGUUGUUUCCGGCUCAUUAAAAUAUUUUCAGGUGUGCCUUGUAAGAGGAUAUAUUUGUUACACCCGUGAGUGAGAAUGCUGUACCAAUUUAACUCCUAUGUGGUUAUAGUUCCCCAUCAAUUUAAAAUGUAUAGGGGACAGAUUGGAGUGGCAGCAAGACUUAAACCUUAAAUGGUUGAGCAUUUUGCUGUGUCCUUUUGGUCUGUUUUGUCCUGUAGUUGCUGCCAGUUUGGAAGCCUUUGUUAAGGCCUCUAGAAAUGCAAGUGGUACAAAACACCAAAUAUUCUGUAAUGUUUGUUAACACUUUACCUAGCAGCCAGCCAACCUGCUUGCACCAAUCCCUUUUAAUUACAGUAAAAUACAGUGAAAUAAAAAUCCUUUAAUUUAUUCAUCAAUUCUUUCAUUCAUUCCGAUAGCAUUUAUUUUUUUAUUUUUUUACAGUAUAAUACAGUACAUUUUACAGUAUUAUACUGUGUGUCAUUACACAGUACUUGCUUUGAUACCGUAUUUAUAUUACAGUAAGUGUACUGUAAUAUGAAAUACAGACUAUUUCUGCCACCGAGCUGCCUGUAAGCUACUGUCAAAUUCCAGGUAACCCCUUUACAGUGUUUUUUAUGCAGCACCCACCAACAAGCUGCUUGCUUGGCUAGUGGGAAUGUCCUGAGCCAGCAUAGAAAGGAUUAAGAAAGGAUUAGGAAGUGUAUCCUCCUCCGCACAUCCUCAUACCCAUAUCAUGUUAACACUAUACUUGAACCCUUUGACAUUAGGCCUAAAAACGGUCAUAAAAGUGGCGUAAGAUGUCGUUAACAGUCAUGACUGAUGAUGACUGACUUUGGCAAGUUGACACCAGCUAUCAUAGCUGUUUUCUGUUGUUCAGUGUUAAGACAAUGUUGUGUGUAGCCUUUAUGACUAAGCAUUCAACUAAAGCGAACAUUUAUGUAACAAUAUCUAAUUUCAUGUCCUCCAAAGCUUUACUGAUCAAACUCUCAAACUAAUUCUCAAAAUGCAUCAUGAGGGCAAUUGUUCUGAUGCUAUUCAACCAGUGCCAGUGGGGUACACAUUACAUGUAUUCUGUGGUUGUAUAGAUGAAGGGCAGGGUCAUAUUCAUUAGUGCACAACAAACCAUUUUGCAAAGUUCAUGUAGUCCCUCCCAUUUUCGGUCCAUUUUCUGUCGUUUGGUAUCUAGUGAAUACCACCCUGGUGACUGGAAUCAAUACAGAUAAUUAUAUCCCUUACUGUUCUGCAGAAAUAAUACAAAUGGCGCCAUCUGAAAAACAAUGCUUCCUUGUUAGUAGUAAGCCAUUGAGAUCUUACAUAAUACAGACAUUGGGUAUCAUUAUUGUGGAAACCCUCCACAACUGUUUUUUCUGCUGAAAAGGGGAAUAAUCUUUCCCUCAUCUUUCCAUAUUUGGCUUGUAUUCAAUAACUUGACACUAGUUUUACCAGAUAUACACUACAUUACCAAAAGUAUGUUGACACCUGCUCGUCGAACAUCUCAUUCAAAAAUCAUGGGCAUUAAUAUGGAGUUGGUCCCCCCUUUGCUGCUAUAUCAGCCUCCACUCUUCUGGGAAGGCUUCCCACUAGAUGUUGGAACAUUGCUGUGGGGACUUGCUUCCAUUCAUCCACAAGAGCAUUAGUGAGGUCGGGCACUGAUGUUGGGCGAUUAGGCCUGGCUCGCAGUCGGCAUUCCAAUUCAUCCCAAAGGUGUUUGAUGGGGUUGAGGUCAGGGCUCUGUGCAGGCCAGUCAAGUUCUUCCAUACCGAUCUCGACAAACCAUUUCUGUAUGGACCUCGCUUUGUGCACGGGGGCAUUGUCAUGCUGAAACAGGAAAGGGCCUUCCCACAAACUGUUGCCACAAAGUUGGAAGCACAGAAUCGUCUAGAAUGUCAUUGUAUGCUGUUGCGUUAAGAUUUCUCUUCACUGGAACUAAGGGGCCUAGCCCGAACCAUGAAAAACAGCCCCAGACCAUUAUUCCUCCUCCACCAAACUUUACAGUUGGUACUAUGCAUUUGGGCAGGUAGCGUUCUCCUGGCAUCCGCCAAACCCAUAUUCGUCCGUCGGACUGCCAGAUGGUGAAAAUGUGAUUAAUCACUCCAGAAAACGCGUUUCCACUGCUCCAGAGUCCAAUGUUGGCCGACGCUUGGCAUUGCGCAUGGUGAUCUUAGGCUUGUGUGCGGCUGCUUGGCCAUGGAAACCCAUUUCAUGAAGCUCCUGACGAACAGUUCUUGUGCUGACGUUGCUUCCAGAGGCAGUUUGGAACUCAGUAGUGAGCGUUGCAACUGAGGACAGACUAUUUUUAUGUGCUCCAGCACUCGGCAGUCCCGUUCUUUGAGCUUGUGUGGCCUACCACUUCGCGGCUGAGCCAUUAGUGCUCCUAGAUGUUUCCACUUCACAAUAACAGCACUUACAGUUGACCGGGGCAGCUCUAGCAGGGCAGAAAUUUGACACGCUGACUUGUUGGAAAAGUGGCAUCCUAUUGCGGUGCCACGUUGAAAGUCACUGAGCGCUUCAGUAAGGCCAUUCUACUGCCAAUGUUUGUCUAUGGGGAUUGCAUGGAUGUGUGCUCUAUUGUAUACACCUGUCAGCAACGGGUGUGGCUGAAAUAGCCGAAUCCACUAAUUUGAAUGGGUGUCCACAUACAUUUGUGUAUAUAUAGUGUACAGUGAGGGAAAGAAGUAUUUGAUCCCCUGCUGAUUUUGUACGUUUGCCCACUGACAAAGAAAUGAUCAGUCUAUAAUUUUAAUGGUAGGUUUAUUUGAACAAUGAGAGACAGAAUAACAACAGAAAAAUCCAGAAAAACGCAUGUCAAAAAUGUUAUGAAUUGAUUUGCAUUUUAAUGGAGGAAAUUAGUAUUUGACCCCUCUGCAAAAGAUGACUUAGUACUUGGAGGCAUAACCCUUGUUGGCAAUCACAGAGGUCAGACGUUUCUUGUAGUUGGCCACCAGGUUUGCACACAUCAGGAGGGAUUUUGUCCCACUCCUCUUUGCAGAUCUUCUCCAAGUCAUUAAGGUUUCGAGGCUGACAUUUGGCAACUCGAACCUUCAGCUCCCUCCACGAUUUUCUAUGGGAUUAAGGUCUGGAGACUGGCUAGGCCACUCCAGGACCUUAAUGUGCUGCUUCUUGAGCCACUCCUUUGUUGCCUUGGCCGUGUGUUUUGGGUCAUUGUCAUGCUGGAAUACCCAUCUACGACCCAUUUUCAAUGCCCUGGCUGAGGGAAGGAAGUUCUCACGAAUGAUUUGAUGGCACAUGGCCCCGUCCAUCGUCCCUUUGAUUUGAUGCGGUGAAGUUGUCCUGUCCCCUUAGCAGAAAAAGACCCCCAAAGCAUAAUGUUUCCACCUCCAUGUUUGACGGUGGGGAUGGUGUUCUUGGGGUCAUAGGCAGCAUUCUUCCUCCUCCAAACACGGAGAGUUGAGGUGAUGCCAAAGAGCUCGAUUUUGGUCUCAUCUGACCACAACACUUUCACCCAGUUCUCCUCUGAAUCAUUCAGAUGUUCAUUGGCAAACUUCAGACGGGCAUAUACAGGAUCUCACAAAAGUGAGUACACCCCUCACAUUUUUGUAAAUAUUUGAGUAUAUCGUUUCAUGUGACAACACUGAAGAAAUGACACUUUGCUACAAUGUAGAGUAGUGAAUGUACAGCUUGUAUAACAGUGUAAAUUUGCUGUCCCCUCAAAAUAACUCAACACACAGCCAUUCAUGUCUAAACCGCUGGCAACAAAAGUGAGUACACCCCUAAGUGAAAAUGUCCAAAUUGGGCCCAAUUAGCCAUUUUCACUCCCCGGUGUCAUGUGACUCGUUAGUGUUACAAGGUCUCAGGUGUGAAUGGGGAGCAGGUGUGUUAAAUUUGGAGUCAUCGCUCUCACACUCCCUCAUACUGGUCACUGGAAGUUCAACAUAGCACCUCAUGGCAAAGAACUCUCUGAGGAUCUGAAAAAAAGAAUUGUUGCUCUACAUAAAGAUGGCCUGGGCUAUAAGAAGAUUGCCAAGACCCUGAAACUGAGCUGCAGCACGGUGGCCAAGACCAUACAACAGUUUAACAGGACAGGUUCCACUCAGAACAGGCCUCGCCAUGGUCGACCAAAAAAGUUGAGUGAACGUGCUCAGCGUCAUAUCCAGAGGUUGUCUUUGGGAAAUAGACGUAUGAGUGCUGCCAGCAUUGCUGCAGCGGUUGAAGGGGUGGGGGGUCAGCCUGUCAGUGCUCAGACUAUACGCCGCACACUGCAUCAAAUUGGUCUGCAUGGCUGUCGUCCCAGAAGGAAGCCUCUUCUAAAGAUGAUGCACAAGAAAGCCCGCAAACAGUUUGCUGAAGACAAGCAGACUAAGGACAUGGAUUACUGCAACCAUGUCCUGUGGUCUGAUGAGACCAAGAUAAACGUAUUUGGUUCAGAUUGUGUCAAGCGUGUGUGGCGGCAACCAGGUGUGGAGUACAAAGACAAGUGUGUCUUGCCUACAGUCAAACAUGGUGGUGGGAGUGUCGUGGUCUGGGGCUGCAUGAAUGUUGCCGGCACUGGGGAGCUACAGUUCAUUGAGGGAACCAUGAAUGCCAACAUGUACUGUGACAUACUGAAGCAGAGCAUGAUCCCCUCCCUUCGGAGACUGGGCCGCAGGGCAGUAUUCCAACAUGAUAACGACCACAAACACACCUCCAAGACGACCACUGCCUUGCUAAAGAAGCUGAGGGUAAAGGUGAUGGACUGGCCAAGCAUGUCUCCAGACCUAAACCCUAUUGAGCAUCUGUGGGGCAUCCUCAGACGGAAGGUGGAGGAGUGCAAGGUCUCUUAACAUCCACCAGCUCUGUGAUGUCGUCAUGGAGGAGUGGAAGAGGACUCCAGUGGCAACCUGUGAAGCUCUGGUGAACUCCAUGCCCAAGAGGGUUAAGGCAGUGCUGGAAAAUGAUGGUGGCCACACAAAAUAUUGACACUUUUGGCCCAAUUUGGACAUUUUCACUUAGGGGUGUACUCACUUUUGUUGCCAGCAAUUUAGACGUGAAUGACUGUGUGUUGUGUUAAUUUGAGGGGACAGUAAAUGUACACUGUUAUACAAGCUGUACAUUCACUACUUUACAUUGUAGCAAAGUGUCAUUUCUUCAGUGUUGUCACAUGAAAAGAUAUACUCAAAUAUUUACAAAAAUGUGAGGGGUGUACUCACUUUUGUUGCCAGCAAUUUAGACGUGAAUGACUGUGUGUUGUGUUAUUUUGAGGGGACAGCAAAUGUACACUGUUAUACAAGCUGUACAUUCACUACUUUACAUUGUAGCAAAGUGUCAUUUCUUCAGUGUUGUCACAUGAAAAGAUAUACUCAAAUAUUUACAAAAAUGUAAAUGGUGUACUCACUUUUGUGAGAUACUGUAUAUGUGCUUUCUUGAGCAGGGGGACCUUGCGGGCGCUGCAGGAUUUCAGUCCUUCACGGCGUAGUGUGUUACCAAUUGUUUUCUUGGUGACUAUGGUCCCAGCUGCCUUGAGAUCAUUGACAAGAUCCUCCCGUGUAGUUCUGGGCUGAUUCCUCACCGUUCUCAUGAUCAUUGCAACUCCACGAGGUGAGAUCUUGCAUGGAGCCCAAGGCAGAGGGAGGUUGACAGUGCUUUUGUGUUUCUUCCAUUUGCGAAUAAUCGCACCAACUGUUGUCACCUUCUCACCAAGCUGCUUGGCGAUGGUCUUGUAGCCCAUUCCAGCCUUGUGUAGGUCUACAAUCUUGACCCUGACAUCCUUGGAGAGCUCUUUGGUCUUGGCCAUGGUGGAGAGUUUGGAAUCUGAUUGAUUGAUUGCUUCUGUGGACGGGUGUCUUUUAUACAGGUAACAAACUGAGAUUAGGAGCACUCCCUUUAAGAGUGUGCUCCUAAUCUCAGCUCGUUACCUGUAUAAAAGACACCUGGGAGCCAGAAAUCUUUCUGAUUGAGAGGGGGUCAAAUACUUAUUUCCCUCAUUUAAAAUGCUAAUCAUUUUAUAACAUUUUUGACAUGCGUUUUCCUGGAUUAUUUUGUUGUUAUUCUGUCUCUCACUGUUCAAAUAAAACCUACCAUUAAAAUUAUAGACUGAUCAUUUCUUUGUCAGUGGGCAAACGUACAAAAUCAGCAGGGGAUCAAAUUCUUUUUUCCCUCACUGUAUCUGUCAGACACCAUACUGACGCAAUUUCACCUAUAUAAACUCUGAGUGAGGCCAUAUCAUUGCAUAGUGUUUCAUUUGUGUUAGGAAGUUGACACGAUUCUGUAUGAGCCAGAUGUUCACCUUGGAUUGAAAAAUCGAUUUACACAUCUUAUCCAAAUCUAUUUGUUUUUGCAUGAUGAGGACAGUCACAAAGAAAUUCCUAUCUCAGCAAAAUGAAUGAAAGAGGAUGUAUGGAGUAUGUUCGUGCUCUGUUCACAUCUUGGGAUGUGUGGUUGCUGUUUGAUGAUGCACUCAUGUUUUGGAACAGUGCCCCAUUGGCCUCUCUUAUUGACAGAGACCCACAAUGCCCAUCACUUAAAGAGAUAACCUAAUGUGAUCUGAGAAAAGUUUGAUGUCCUCUGAUGCUCUGGCCUUGCUCUUUCUCGGGAUGUAUUCCAAAUGGCACCCUAUUCCAUAUUUAUCACACUACUUUUGAAAAGUAGUGCACUAUAGAGGGAAUAGGGCGCCAUAUGGGAUGCAGACUUGGUUUCUGUCGCUCUCAUUCAUACAUACUCACUCACAUAAACACUCCCACAUACCUAUGUACUAACAUACAUACUCAUGUACACACACACUGGUACACACUCCUCUGGCAUACUUUCAACAACACUACCCUUCUCAUCGUGUGUCAGAACAGCUUAAUGUGAUUAUACAACCAAUCAAUCAAAACUAGCUAAUGAUCUCAGUCGUAAACACAUUGGAUUAAUUAAUGUUUUGCAGGGGGGUAGAGUUGAAUGUUAGUCUUAGUGGAAGGAAAAGUCUGCAAAACAGUGAGUCUGCCCAGUAGCAGUGGAUUUCCUGGGAAAUAAAAACAUUUAGGAUGAAUUUAUGAUCAUUCAGAACAGUUGACACAUGGCUGCAAGAUUCGGCAUUGAAGCAAGUCCUUUGAGCAGCAGUAGAAAGCCAAUCAGGGAAUUUAGUUAUGGAGUGACCUGGCAAAAGUGAGGAAUGUAGCACAAAUCAGCAACAUCGUAGAUGAGGUAAACAGGCAGAGCCAUAAGGGUGUGUUCAUAUCUAAAGCUUUUGUUUUUAAUUAACAAUUUCCUAAUUUGUUAGUUAUGUGUCAUCUAUGAUUUACUAACUUUGAUUAGAUAUUCAUCACAAUCUCUUUUGAUGCUGUAAGGAUCCUUAACUCUAUCCUCAUAUUUUUCCUCUUCCUUCUCUUCUUGCUCUAGGUUAUCUACGCCCUCAACACGAAGAACGACGAGCAUGAGGACGAGAUGGAGUCGCUGCGGGAGGCCCACGAGGACGAAGUGCAGCACAUUGUGACGGAGACACAUGACAAGAUCAUGCAGUAUAAGAGCAAGAUGGUCGACGAGGUUGACCUGAAGCGCCGUCUGCAAUCGCUGGAAGAGUCGGUGGAGCUGCACGAGCACAUGAAGCGGCAGGCACUGGCUGAGUUUGAGAUGUACCGCCAGCGCAUGGAGGACUCGCAGCUGUGCACCGAGGCGCAACACACGCAGCGCGUGGUCUCCAUGUCACGCGAGGUGGAGGAGAUGCGCCGCGACUUUGAGGAGAAGCUGCGCUCCUUUGGCCAGGCACAGGCCCAGUUCGAGCAGGACAAGCGGCGGGCCAUUGACGAACUACGCGCCGCCCACCGUCAAGAGGUCCAGGAGUUGCUCCACAGCCAGCAGAACCAGAGCGCCAACUCCACUGUGGAUCAGGAGAAGCUGGCUGAGCUGCACAGGGCCGAGGUGGAGGCCCUCAUGGAGCGGGUGGAGGAGCUUACCAAGGGCAAAGUACGUCUGGUGGAGGAAUACGAAGCCAAGCUCACCAAGGCUCAGGGCUACUACGAACGCGAACUGGAAGCCAUGAGGCGCACACAGCAGCUGACUGCCGAGAAACUGCUGGCCUGGAAGAGGACGGAGGUGGAGCUGAGGAAGGAGUUCCAGGUGCAGGAGGCGGCGCUCCAGAGGACACUGGGAAAGCUCCGGGCUGAGCUGCAGAGGGCACAGGAGGAGGCGAGAGAGAGCAGGGACAAGACCAACAGGCUGCAGGCUUCCCUCACCAAUGCAGAGGGCAUCAUUAAGGUAAAAUUCUUAUGCAUAUUCAUGUGUGCGUUUUUGUGUCUACAGCCCUGUUUGUAUAUGUUUCCGGUAUGAUUCAUUGUACAUUGGUAUAAAUGCCUACACGUAGAAGCGAGAGGAUUUGCAGGCAGAGACAAAUAAAUGGGUUAUCAAUAUUUAUCCUAUUUCCAGACAAUAUAGCCUAUAGCCCAGGGCUGCCCAACCCUCUUCCUGGAGAUCUACCGUCCUGUGGGUUUUCAGUCCAACCUGAUUCUACUUAUUAGCUGCUCAACAAGACCUUAACUAGCUGAAUCAGAGUUGGACUGAAAACCUUCAGGACAGUAGAUCUCCAGGAAGAGGGUUGGGCAGCCCUGCUAUAGCCGAAUCAUAUUUUGGAAGUUAAUUUCCUUGGAAAGAUAUCUGCCCCUGUGCUCCUCCUUCCAUUCAUACACAUGUAUCCUACUCUAUUCAAUUGAGACCACACAGGCGUACUCGAUCUCGCACGCCCAUUAAGAGAGUAGACACUUGACUUAAGCUAUGUUUGGCAUAUACUGUACCUUUUAGGAGCUGGACGAUUUGCAGGCAGAGACAAAUAAAUGGGUUAUCAAUACUUAUUUCCAGACAAUGUAGUAAACUAUAGCCAAAUCAUAUUUAAGAAGUGAAUUUCCUUGGAAAGAACUAAACUGCCCUGUGCUUCUCCGCCAAUGCAUAUAGCCUACUCUAUUUAAUUGAGACCACACAUAUAGGCACACUUGAUCUCGCAUGCCCGACUAGGAGAGGAGAGUAGGGUACUGAACUUCAAGCAUCGAAUGUUGAGAGUUUGUGAAUAGUGCGGUCUGACCGCCAGCUCCUGCCUGCAGCAUGAAAAAUGUAGAUUGUGCCGCAAUAAUGUCUGUCUGGGCCUGCGGUAUCCGCAAGAAUGCAGCUCUACCUGGAGCUCUGGAGUCCAGAGUACUGAUGGUUCUCUUUUAUCCCUGGUAGUUUAUUGAUUGAUUCAUGUCACUGAUUGGCCAGAGAUUCCAUUUACCAGCUGUGAAAUAAUAAUUGAUUAUAUGGGAAGAAUGAAAACCAGCAAUACUUUUGACCUCAAAAGAUUUGACAAACUAUACUACAGUACUACAAACUAAACUACAGUAUUAAAGCGUUCUUGUUGCUGUUCCUUGACCUGAUCCUUGACCUGAUGUCUCAGAACUUGCACAAGCAGCUGGAGGAAGCCAUCCAGGAUGGGGAGAUCUGGGUGAUGCAGCUGAAGGACACGGAGUAUGAGCUGGAGGGGAGCCGAGAUCGAGUGCAGCAGCAGGCUACUGAGAUCCUCCACAAAGCCAGUGAGAUAUUAAACCUCCAUUUUGCUUGAGGGUUUGGAUAGAGAAUACUAAUAUGCAUUGCUAAUUGGCAUAAUGCUGCCUGUUGGUUUGUAACUGUACGUUUUCCUGGCAUAGGGGGGGAUAGUGAAUAUAAGCUUGUCUGGCCAGAUAAAAGAACAUGUUCUUUUUUGACGAAAGAAGCCUAUGUACGUUUUCUUUCUUUAAUAGUUUUUUUGUGUGCUUAUUUUUUCCCCCUUAUUCGCACAGGACUAGUAUUACUAGAGAACAUUGGUUAUGUAAUUAUUACCCCAGAAUAUCUGUUAUUCCAGAGGACGAUUUGUACGGGAUAGUUUUUUCCAAACUGCCCCCUGUAAUUCAAUAUAUAUAUAUAUAUAAUUUUUUAUUUUAACCCCUUUUUCGAUCUUGUCUCAUCGCUGCAACUCCCAAACGGGCCCGAGUCAUGCGUCCUCCAAAACUUCACCCGCCAAAUCGCGCUUCUCAACACCCGCCCACUUUACCCAGAAGCCAGCCGCACCAAUGUGUCAGAGGAAACCCCAUUCAACUGACGACCGAGGUCAGCCUGCAGGCGCCCGGCCCGCCACAAGUAGUCGCUACAGCGCGAUGAGCGAAGUAUAGCCCCCCAGGCCAAACACUCCACUAACCCGGACUACGCUGGGCCAAUUGUGCGCCGCCCUAUGGGACUCCCGAUCAUUGCCGGUUGUGACACAGCCUGGGAUCGAACCUGGGUCUGGAGUGACGCCUCUAGCACUGCAAUGCAGUGCCUUAGACCGCUGCGCCACUCGGGAGGCCCUUUCUAAUGUUUUUCAAUAAAUUGCCUGGGUUUUUAUUGUAGGCGUAAAGAUAUUUCAACAUGUCCUGGCGAUAACAGGCUACACUGAUAACUCGAGCUUGGCUCCCAAGUUUCUAAACCAUACCAAAACCAUCUUUGCUAUAGUGUCGCCAUACUAUUUGAAUUGAGGAAGUGUGAUCAUAAUCAUUAUUUCAGCGAUCCGUAGUGGACAUCCUAAUUGCCCCCCAGCCUGCAGAUGUGAGCUAAACAGUGCACUAGCACUUGAGAUGUUUUUGCCGAUGUUCAAUUUAUUGGCACAAAACGUAUAAACAAAGCAUUCACUGCGAAAGUUGAUACAUGUAAGCAUACAACAUUUAUCGAAUCAGUUAUUGUUUUCUUGCUCAAACACUUGCGCACAACACCUGUCAAACUCCGACAUUUCUCUCAAAAUACAGGGAUGUCGAUUCGCACAGGACUAGUACUAUCAAAGGACCUUGGAGUUAGUCGAAAAACCUUUUUUUUUCAUUUGGAAUUAUUACUCUCCUGCUAUGUAAAAAUGACCGACAUGGCAGAUUCAGAUGGGACUUGAAUUACGGAUGUGGUGAUUUGUGCUCGUGUAUCUCCCCCAGUAAAACUAAUCUUGUGCGAAUACGUCUAAGCUUGGCUGGUCAGAUAAGAGAACAUAAUAUUUUUUUUACCAAGAGGGAUAGGCUGAAAAAAUUAAGUGGGGCAAUGUGCUUUUACCUUUGAGAAAAGGUUGUUAUGCAGAUUGACAAGGGUUAUUCGAGGCCAGUUUGAUCAGCCUUUUAUAUUCUCCAUCAAAGUGCCAAGUCCUUCUUCAUUUUGUACUUCACUUUGCAGUGCUUUGAAUAAUUAAUGCAGUAAAAGCAGUAAGACAUUGUUGGAAAAAAAUCAUUGUUUUAUUUAACUUUUAAGCUAAUUUAGCACUUUACUUAACUUUACAGUGAGAUUUUAACCACAAGGACACUUCGUGGACUUUUGAGUGCUGGCUCAGUGUUCAUCCCACUUUCGAAUAUUCUGACAGAACAGAUGUUCAGUGUCUGAUAUGAAGCAUUGCCCAUUUAACUUCCCUUUCUGGCCAUGUGUGCCUCCAGGUCAGAUAGGCUCUCUACAGGCCACCCAUAUGAGCCACGAGGCCACAAUCAGGGACCUAGACUUGGAACAGAGCCGCCUGAGGGAGAAGAUCCUCAGGCUGGAGGAGGAGAGGGAGAGCCUGCUCAACCAGAGCCAGGCCACCGACGAGCAGCACAAACAGCAGGUCCUCUCCCUGGAGCAGGUAUUCAACUUCUCUCAGUUUGUAAGAUGUGCUGAAUUUAUCUUUAGCUUCUCAUAGUGUCUCAGUGUUUAGUAGAUCCGGACACUGGGAAAACAGUGGGAAGUUUCACAGAUAGCAAGCAUAUAUUUGGCAAAAAACAUUAUAUACAGUGGGGAGAACAAGUAUUUGAUACACUGCCGAUUUUGCAGGUUUUCCUACUUACAAAGCAUGUAGAGGUCUGUCAUUUUUAUCAUAAGUACACUUCAACUGUGAGAGACGGAAUCUAAAACAAAAUCCAGAAAAUCACAUUGUAUGAUUUUUAAGUAAUUAAUUUGCAUUUUAUAGCAUGACAUAAGUAUUUGAUCACCUACCAACCAGUAAGAAUUCCGGCUCUCACAGACCUGUUAGUUUUUCUUUAAGAAGCCCUCCUGUUCUCCACUCAUUACCUGUAUUAACUGCACCUGUUUGAACUCGUUACCUGUAUAAAAGACACCUGUCCACACACUCAAUCAAACAGACUCCAACCUCUCCACAAUGGCCAAGACCAGAGAGCUGUGUAAGGACAUCAGGGAUAAAAUUGUAGACCUGCACGAGGCUGAGAUGGGCUACAGGACAAUAGGCAAGCAGCUUGGUGAGAAGGCAACAACUGUUGGGGCAAUUAUUAGAAAAUGGAAGGAGUUCAAGAUGACAGUCAAUCACCCUCGGUGUUGGGCUCCAUGCAAGAUCUCACCUCGUGGGGCAUCAAUGAUCAUGAGGAAGGUGAGGGAUCAGCCCAGAACUACAUGGCAGGACCUGGUCAAUGACCUGAAGAGAGCUGGGACCACAGUCUCAAAGAAAACCAUUAGUAACACACUACGCCGUCAUGGAUUAAAAUCCUGCAGCGCACGCAAGGUCCCCCUGCUCAAGCCAGCGCAUGUCCAGGCCCGUCUGAAGUUUGCCAAUGACCAUCUGGAUGAUCCAGAGGAGGAAUGGGAGAAGGUCAUGUGGUCUGAUGAGACAAAAAUAGAGCUUUUUGGUCUAAACUCCACUCGCCAUGUUUGGAGGAAGAAGAAGGAUGAGUACAACCCCAAGAACACCAUCCCAAACGUGAAGAAUGGAGGUAGAAACAUCAUUCUUUGGGGAUGCUUUUCUGCAAAGGGGACAGGACGACUGCACCAUAUUGAGGGGAGGAUGGAUGGGGCCAUGUAUUGCGAGAUCUUGGCCAACAACCUCCUUCCCUCAGUAAGAGCAAUGAAGAUGGGUCGUGGCUGGGUCUUCCAGCAUGACAACUACCCGAAACACACAGCCAGGGCAACUAAGGAAUGGCUCCGUAAGAAGCAUCUCAAGGCCUAGCCAGUCUCCAGAUCUGAACCCAAUAGAACAUCUUUGGAGGGAGCUGAAAGUCUGUAUUGCCAAGCGACAGCCCCGAAACCUGAAGGAUCUGGAGAAGGUCUGUAUGGAGGAGUGGGCCAAAAUCCCUGCUGCAGUGUGUGCAAACCUGGUCAAGACCUACAGGAAACGUAUGAUCUCUAUAAUUGCAAACAAAGGUUUCUGUACCAAAUAUUAAGUUCUGCUUUUCUGAUGUAUCAAAUACUUAUGUCAUGCAAUAAAAUGCAAAUGAAUUACUUAAAAAUCAUACAAUGUGAUUUUCUGGAUUUUUGUUUUAGAUUCCGUCUCUCACAGUUGAAGUGUACCUAUGAUAAAAAUGACAGACCUCUACAUGCUUUGUAAGUAGGAAAACCUGCAAAAUCGGCAGUGUAUCAAAUACUUGUUCUCCCCACUGUAUAUUGAUUGGCAUGGCAUUGUCAAAGGUUGUUAGCUGUCAUUUUGCCAAUAUUUAUGCAACUGUGGAAUUCUGUUUUCGAUGAUGCCAAUGUUUGCAGAACGUAUGCUUGCGUUCUAGGUUAGCUGUCCCCUCAGGCAGGUACCCGCCAGGGAGCAAGUACAAAACAGAAGAGUUCUGUAUCUCAACCCUUUUCUUAUUAUGUAAUAUUCAUUGUAGAUAUUGAUGCUGGGCCAGAUACAGUGAAACAUCUCAAGUUUCACAGUAGAUCCAAACAACGGGGGAAGUUUAGCGAAGAAGCUUAGCCCUUCUAUCUUAUGUUUAAAACCCCCUAGAGUCGAUUUCCGUGGCCCCAUGGAAAUCGAAUUAGCAUAAUACAAAUAUUUCAGUUUAAGCUAGAGAUAUCAGUUUUUUUGCAUUGGAUGCGUCUCAAUCCACCGCAUCCACCGAUGUCGCACUUCCGCAUCUGCGGUGAAAGGUGACAGCGCUAGAGCGGUCUUUGUCAAACCAUCAGACAUCCCACAUAUCGGUCUUCUUACAAAAUCGUCUUUAGCAUCUGCACGGUUUGGCCUAUUAUGACCCCUCUGUGGAAAGAUGAGACUCUCGCGAACACGAUGGUGUUCUCUGUUUUGCUCUAGGGCACCCACAGGCCUCACAAGACUCGUCUGAAGGUCCCCCCGGUACCUGUUGAAAAAAUGAAUGGAAGUACUGUAUGACUGUAUAUGGAGACCGUAAGCUGCCAAAAAAAAGCGGUUAAAUACUGUACAUGUAAUUUUUUAAAACAAAAAUAACGAUUCAGAACAAAUUUCCUUUAGAUUUUUUGGAGGACUCUCAGUUGUACCAUGUAGUGAAUCUGUUAUUCAAUGCAUUUGUAUGGGCUUGUCAUCAAAUCAGUUGUUUUUGAUAGCCCCCUAGGGCUUAGACUGUAGAUUUAUAUAUAUUUUUUACAUUUAGUCAUUUGUGGCAAUGGUAUGACAGAUGGCAGAUGCAAUAGUUGAUACAUGUUAGCGAUCUGACCUCCCAGCUAGUGGUGAAAUUAAACAGAAAUUCCAAUUAAAUAAUUGAAAAAAAUGCUAUUUUUAUUUCUCAAGAAAGCGAAAAGGAGAAAUAACUUCCCAACCCUGAUUGUCUGGCAAACCCUCUACAUCUCUAUCUUUAUUCACACUGCAUAUAUGAGGUCAAACUCCUGGGAUUUAUUUGCAUCUGAUAAAAUAACGAUACAAUGUCCCGGCAGUUAUUUAUUGGCAAGAUACACAAUAUAUACAAAUGUAUGUGGACAUCCCUUCAAAUUUGCGGAUUCAACUAUUUCAGCCACACCCGUUGCUGACAGGUGUAUAAAAUCAAGCACACAGCCAUGCAAACUCCAUAGACAAACAUUGGCAGUAAAAUGGCCUUACUGAAGAGCUCAGUGACUUUCAAAGUGGCAUCGUCAUAGGAUGCCACCUUUCCAACAAGUCGGUUCGUCAAAUUUCUGCCCUGCUAGAGCUGCCAGGUCAACUGUAAAUGCAAGGAGAAACUACAGCUUAGCCGCGAAGUGGUAGGCCACACAAGCUCACAGAACGGGAGUGCUGAAGGGCUUAAAAAUUGUCUGUCCUCGGUUGCAACACUCACUAACAAGUUCCAAACUGCCUCUGGAAGCAACGUCAGCACAAUAACUGUUCGUCGGGAGCUUCAUGAAAUGGGUUUCCAUGGCCGAGCAGCCGCACACAAGACUAAGAUCACCAUGCGCAAUGCAAAGCGUUGACUGGAGUGGUGUUUAGCAUAGUGCCAACAGUAAAGUUUGGUGGGGGAGGAAUAAUGGUCUGGAGCUGUUUUUCAUGCUUCGGGCUAGGCCCCUUAGUUCUAGUGAAGGGAAAUCUUAACGCUGCAGCAUACAGUGACAUUCUAGGCGAUUCUGUGCUUCCAACUUUGUGGCAACAGUUUGGAGAAGGCCCUACUUGUUUCAGCAUGACAAUGCCCCUGUGCGCAAAGCGAGGUCCAUACAGUGAGGGAAAAAAGUAUUUGAUCCCCUGCUGAUUUUGUACGUUUGCCCACUGACAAAGAAAUGAUCAGUCUAUAAUUUUAAUGGUAGGUUUAUUUGAACAGUGAGAGACAGAAGAACAACAAAAAAAAUCAGAAAAACGCAUGUCAAAAAUGUUAUAAAUUGAUUUGCAUUUUAAUGAGGGAAAUAAGUAUUUGACCCCUCUGCAAAACAUUACUUCGUACUUGGUGGCAAAACCCUUGUUGGCAAUCACAGAGGUCAGAUGUUUCUUGUAGUUGGCCACCAGGUUUGCACAUAUCUCAGGAGGGAUUUUGUCCCACUCCUCUUUGCAGAUCUUCUCCAAGUCAUUAAGGUUUCGAGGCUGACGUUUGGCAACUCGAACCUUCAGCUCCCUCCACAGAUUUUCUAUGGGAUUAAGGUCUGGAGACUGGCCAGGCCACUCCAGGACCUUAAUGUGCUUCUUCUUGAGCCACUCCUUUGUUGCCUUGGCCGUGUGUUUUGGGUUCAUUGUCAUGCUGGAAUACCCAUCCAUGGUUCUCAUCCAAGAGGUUCUCAUCCAAGAUUUGACGGUACAUGGCCCCGUCCAUCGUCCCUUUGAUGUGGUGAAGUUGUCCUGUCCCCUUAGCAGAAAAACACCCCCAAAGCAUAAUGUUUCCACCUCCAUGUUUGACGGUGGGGGUGGUGUUCUUGGGGUCAUAGGCAGCAUUCCUCCUCCUCCAAACACGGCGAGUUGAGUUGAUGCCAAAGAGCUCCAUUUUGGUCUCAUCUGACCACAACACUUUCACCCAGUUCUCCUCUGAAUCAUUCAAAUGUUCAUUGGCAAACUUCAGACGGGCAUGUAUAUGUGCUUUCUUGAGCAGGGGACCUUGCAGGGCGCUGCAGGAUUUCAGUCUUUCACGGCGUAGUGUGUUACCAAUUGUUUUCUUGGUGACUAUGGUCCCCGCUGCCUUGAGAUCAUUGACAAGAUCCUCCCGUGUAGUUCUGGGCUGAUUCCUCACCGUUCUCAUGAUCAUUGCAACUCUACGAGGUGAGAUCUUGCAUGGAGCCCCAGGCCGAGGGAGAUUGACAGUUAUUUUGUGUUUCUUCCAUUUGCUCAUAAUCGCACCAACUGUUGUCACCUUCUCACCAAACUGCUUGGCGAUGGUCUUGUAGCCCAUUCCUGCCUUGUGUAGGUCUACAAUCUUGUCCCUGACAUCCUUGGAGAGCUCUUUGGUCUUGGCCAUGGUGGAGAGUUUGGAAUGUGAUUGAUUGAUUGCUUCUGUGGACAGGUGUCUUUUAUACAGGUAACAAGAUGAGAUUAGGAGCAUUCCCUUUAAGAGUGUGCUCCUAAUCUCAGCUCGUUACCCGUAUAAAAGACACCUGGGAGCCAGAAAUCUUUUUGAUUGAGAGGGGGUCAAAUAUUUAUUUCCCUCAUUAAAAUGCAAAUCAAUUUAGAAUUUUUUUUACAUGCGUUUUUCUUGAUUUUGUUGUUGUUUUUCUGUCUCUCACUGUUCAAAUAAACAUACCAUUAAAAUGAUAGACUGAUCAUUUCUUUGUCAGUGGGCAAACGUACAAAAUCAGCAGGGGAUCAAAUACUUUUUUCCCUCACUGUACAGAAAUGGUUUGUCGAGAUCGGUGUGGAAAAACUUGACUGGCCUACACAGAGCCCUGACCUCAACCCCAUCGGUCAUGUAGUGUACAUAGUUUAUGAUUUCUUUAGCGGAAUUUUAAAAACAUGUGGUUCCACUAGUAACACUGCAUAAACUGCUGUGCUAUGAUGAAGGUGGACCAUCUGCUCUCCAAGGGGAGGGUACAUUCAUCUAUUAGAUUUCAGCUGUGGUUCAUUUCAUUACAGCCAUCACAUGUACAUUUUUCAUGUGUCUUUUGCCCCCCCCAUGACAAGUCCCUUCGUGAGGAGAGGCAGGGCUAUGAGAAGGAGCUAGCAAGGCUGAGGGCCAAAUAUGAAGAGGAGGCUGUGAGAUUCAAAGAGGCCCAGGCACAGGCCCUGGAGGAGCUGUCGGAGAAACACAGGGCGACGCAGGAGAGUGCACAGAACGCUGCAGAGAAGGAGAAGAAUCUAUUGAUGGCUGUGAGUAUAGUGCACCCACACUGCCCUACACACUGUUGUAUACACACUAUUUAAUACACUAUCCAUGCUACACUCUGUACACACAACACACACGGACACAUGGACACAGACACACAGACACACGCACACACACACACACACAACCAUACUCAAGCCCAGUGUUUAUUCAUACAUUCAUAUACACAAUGAACUGAGUACACACCCCCAUACCUACAGUACAUAUAUUGCCUUCAGAAAGUAUUCACACCCCUUGACUUUUUCCACAUUUUGUUGUGUUAGUCUGAAUUUAAAAUGGAUUAAAUUGAGAUGUUUUGUCACUGGCCUACACACAAUACCCCAUAAUGUCGAAGUGAAAUCAUGUUUUUCAAAAUGAAUACAAAUGUAUUAAAAAUUAAAAGCUGAAAUAUCUUGAGUCAAUAAUUAUUCAACCCAUUUGUUAUGGCAAGCCUAAAUAAGUUCAGGAGUAAAAAUUAGCUUAACAAGUCACAUAAUAAGUUGCAUGGACUCGCUCUGUGUGCAAUAAUAGUGUUUAACAUAAUUUUGAAUGACUACCUUAUCUCUGUACACCACACAUACAAUUAUCUGUAAGGUCGUCCCUCAUUGGAGCAUUGAAUUUAAAACAGAUUCAACCACAAAGACCUGGGAGGUCUUCCAAUGCCUCACAUAGAAGGGCACCUAUUGGUAGAUGGGUAAAAAUAAAAAAAGCAGACAUUGAAUAUCCCUUUGAGCGUGGUGAAGUUAUUAAUUACACUUUGGAUGGUGUAUCAAUACACCCAGUCACUACAAAGACACAAGCAUCUUUCCUAACUCAGUUGCCGGAGAGGAAGGAAACCACUUAGGGAUUUCACCAUGAGACCAAUGGUGAAUUUAAAACAGUUACAUAUUUUAAUGGCUAUGAUAGGAGAACACUGAGGAUGGAUCAACAACAUUGUAGUUCCCUUUUAGUCAGUCAACUUCUGUACAACAUACUAUGGGGAGUCAUACUCUCGCGACUUCGGUUGAAGGAUCUACAAUCACUCCUGACAAGGCCAAUGAAAUCUGCACCUUGCUGGAAGCCCCGCCUUACACAGGUGAUAAGCGAGAGGCUCGGAUUCAUUCCUUCAAUUAUUCCUCUCUUCACCUUGGUGUGAACGGUAACGAUUCACGCUACUAAAACAAACAAUUGGAAAAUGAGACUGUCAUACGUUGCUCCAACUAAACUGUCCCAUAGUGGUAGAACGUGCUCACCCCCUGGACGUUGUGUGCUAAAGGUUGUACUUGUUCUCAUACGUUUUCUAAUCAUAUGCCCCCUGUCUUGCGGUUAUAGCAUUUCUCUGAAAGAUACUCACAAUCAAUGUAUAGUUUGUCUCAGCUUGGAGCAUGCUCAGGCGGCGUUCACUCGAACCAGUCCGCCUGUACAUUGCCACUUACUGCAUACAAACUCCCUGGAAAGACGUGUAGAAUACUUGAGAAAGCUUGUAAUUUCCGAUGGCGACUUUCCUUUCCCGGAUGCCGUUACCUCGGCUGGGACCGAAGUGCAGGAAGUGGAGAUUGAUUGGGUGGUCGGAAUGAAUGUCUUGUCUGCCUGGGCGUGGGGUAUUCGGUGGCUGCCUGCGCCCAACCUGGCUCCUGUGCGCUCUGUUGCCUUUUACGGGAGGCUACUCGAAGAGAGAGGGCGGCCAGGUUUGGUAGGUACCACCCGCCACCUGUGUCUGCCUCGGUCAAGCACCGCUUGCCUCUCUUCCCAGACUUGUUGAUGAAGAGUCCGGUCCCACCCCAGUGAUCCAGUCCUAUGUGGACUUUCGAGACUGGGCUAGCUAAACAAGAGCUGCUUAGUGUGUCGAGCUAGCAAUUACUAGCUAUUCCUGCCUCUCCACGGUGAGGUAGCUCUCUUGUUUAGUAUAUGUAGCGUUAAGUCGCUUGGUUAUUCUAAACGGACCGUGCUGCGGUCAAAGAGGCUAGCUAGCUAGCCUAGCUUAUGCUAAAAAGCCUCCUGGCUAACGUUGGCUAGCAUGCGUAACUUCCGGCAAGUGAAACUUACUAGCUUUCCCCCGGCGUUAUAGCAACCCUAUUCCUAUUUUCAGUUCCGGGAGUUGGAGGGAGUGAAGGAAACGGGGUUGCGUGCACCUCCGAUGAAGAAGCAGCCCCUCGAGCACUUGGCUGGGGUGAUCCCCGCAGCAACGUCAUGGCUAGAAGGGAUCCAGCUUUUGUCUAAUUUACAUCAGAUUUGAGGUUUCAUAGCAGGUUAGGAACAUUUUUCCGGAGCAGUUUAGGAUAAUUAAUGUAGUAGGUUAGGAGAAUUAGGUUGAGGUUAGGAAAAGGGUUAGGGUUAGCUAAAAUGUUAAUUUGACAAAAGCUGGAUCCAUUCUAACUAUGACCCCGGAUCAAGGGGCUUUGGUAUGGGUAUUACGUGGGUACUACGUCAGCCAUUGCCAGAGCCCCCUGUGCCCGUAAAGAGGCCGUGCUUCAUGCAGGCUAUACAGUCUCACGGAAGCACAAUGUACACUGAGUAUAAAAAACAUUAGGAACACCUGCUCUUUCCGUGACAUGGACUGACCAGGUGAAUCCAGGUUAAAGCUAUGAUCCCUUAUUGAUGUCACCUGUUAAAUCUACUUCAAUCAGUGUAGAUGAAGGGGAGGAGACGGGUUAAAGAAGGAUUUUUAAGCCUUGAGACAACUGAGACAUGGAUUGUAUGUGUGCCAGAGUGUGAAUGGGAAAGACAAAAGAGUGCCUUUGAACAGGGUAUGGUAGUAGGUGCCAGGUGCACCGGUUUGAGUGUGUCAAGAACUGCAACACUGCUGUGUUUUUCUCAACAGUUUCCAGUGUGUAUCAAGAAUGGUCCACCACCCAGAAGACAUCCAGCCAACUUGACACAUUUGUGGAAAGCAUUGGAGUCAACAUGGGCCAGCAUCCCUGUGGAACGCUUUCGACACCUUGUAGAGUCCAUGCCACGACGAAUUGAGGCUGUUCUGAGGGCAAAAGGGGGCGCAACUCAAUACUAGCAAUGUGUUCCUAAUGUUUUGUACACUCAGUGUAUGAUGGAAGCUUGUCCAUGUUUAAUGCUGCCCCCUCUGUUACCCCGUGUUCCACGGUGUUCACAGAGUUCAAAGGGGUAUAUCAAUCUCCCCAGGGUGAGAUUGACAAGUUGGGUCACUGUCCACAAGGGGGCACUCCUCCCCCAUAGGUUUCUCAUUCCUGCCUGUAGCUCACUAGUCCCUAUGAGGUGUCUAGUGAUACAGGUUAUGGGCUCUGUAGGCGGUUAGUUGUUGGUAGCGGAGUCGAGGGAACGAGCAGGGUUGGACACGACCACUGUCUGACUCCAGCUCAGCGCAUUCCGUUGCUGGGUCUCGAGCUAGACUAACUCAACGUAUCACGCUUUUCAAUCCCCACGGAGGGUGUCUGGGUUCCGGCUCUUCUUAGCCAAAUUUUGGCUGGUUCACACAGUGCAUUUUCGCCAGUGCCUAUGCCUACUGGGGAUGAUGGCUUCUGUGAUGGAAGUCAUUCCCUUGGGGCUAUUAUUGAUACAGCCCUUCCAGCGCUGAGUGCUAGGCACUAAGCCUGUCGCUUCGGGUGUCCCUGUCAGGACUACGGGCCAUGGCCCAGUGGUGGGACCCUCUGCUAUUGUCAGGGGUCUCCCAUGGGCUGAGUUGUGUCCCACAAGGUGAUCACGACAGACGCAUCCCACGAGGGUGGGGUGCGCUGUACGAAGGCAACUCGAUUCGGGGUGUAUGGACACUGGUGCGGCACGCUCUGCAUGUCAAUUAACCGGAUUAUCUGGCGCUUCCCCGUUUUUGUAGGGCCGGCUUGUUCUGGUCAGAACAGACAAAUAUGUCAGUGGUGGCGUGCAUCAACAGAUGGGGAGAGACUGUCUCUCUCCCUCCUAACCUUGGCUUGCUCCCUAUUGCUGAGGAGCAGUGCGCACAUGCUUUCACAUUGGGUGUCGCAUGUCCCCGGUUGCCUCAACUCAGGUGCAGAUCUUUUAUCUAGGUGGGACCCUCUCUCUUAGGAGUGGAGGCUCUCCCAGGUAGGGGACAUUUUCAGCAGGGCCGACGUACACUACCGGUCAAAAGUUUUAGAACACCUACUCAUUCAAGGGUUUUUCUUAAUUUUUACUAUUUCCUACGUUGUAGAAUAAUAGUGAAGAAAGACAUCAAAACUAUUAAAUAACACCUAUGGAAUCAUGUAGAAUAAUAGUGAAGACAUCAAAACUAUAAAAUAACACCUAUGGAAUCAUGUAGUAACCAAAAAAGUGUUAAACAAAUCAAAAAUAUAUUUUAUAUUUGAGAAUCUUCAAAUAGCCACGCUUUUCACACUAUUGGCAUUCUCUCAACCAGCUUCAUGAAGUAGUCACCUGGAAUGCAUUUCAAUUAACGGGUGUGCCUUCUUAAAAGUUCAUUUGUGGAAUUUCUUUCCCUCUUAAUGCGUUUGAGCCAAUCAGUUGUGUUGUGACAAGGUAGGGGGGGGGUAUACAGAAGAGAGUCCUAUUUGGUAAAAGACCAAGUCCAUAUUAUGGCAAGAACAGCUCAAAUAAGCAAAGAGAAAUGAUAGUCCAUCAUUACUUUAAGGAGGAAAACCUGUUUAGUCUGCUUUCCACCAGACACUGGGAGAUUCACCUUUCAGCAGGACAAUACCCUAAAACACAAGGCCAAAUCUACACUGUAGUUGCUUACCAAGAAGACAGUGAAUGUUUCUGAGUGGCUGAGUUACAGUUUUGACUUAAAUCUACUUGAAAAUCUAUGGCAAGACCUGCAAAUGGUUGUCUAGCAAUGAUCAACAACCAAUUUGACAGAGCUUAAAGAAUUUUAAAAACAAUAAUGGGCAAAUGUUGUACAAUCCAGGUGUGGAAAGCUCUUAAGAGACUUAACCCCAAAAACGUACAGCUGUAGUCACUGCUAAAGGUGCUUCUACAAAGUAUUGACUCAGGGGUGUUAAUACUUAUUUAAAUGAGAUAUGUCUGUAUUUAGACACAGAUGGUGAAUCAUAGUGCCUGUAGCUUGUCUUUACAUUUACUUAGUCACGUGUGGGGGUUGGAAUUUGACAUCCUUUUUAUAAGACGUCUAUGUUAUUUUCAUAAAUACAACAGAUUUUUAAGGAGCACAUAAACAGUAAGCCAAUGUUACAUAAAUGCCACAAUUCAGUUUCCAAUUGAGCUCAAUUUGUCAUGUUCAAGAAAAAUAUACAGUACCAGUCAAGAGUUUGGACACACCUACUCAUUCAAGGGUUUGUCUUUAUUUUUACUAUUUUGUACAUUAUAGAAUAAUAGUGAAGACAUCAAAACUAUGAAAUAACACACAUGGAAUGAUGUAGUAACCAAAAAAGUGUUAAAUUCUUCAAAUACCCACCCUUUGCUUUGAUGACAGCUUUGCACACUCUUGGCAUUCUCUCAACCAGCUUCACCUGGAAUGCUUUUCCAACAGUCUUGAAGGAGUUCCCACAUAUGCUGAGCACUUGUUGGCUGCUUUUCCUUCAUUCUGCCUUCCGACUCAUCCCAAACCAUCUCAACUGGGUUGAGGUCAGGGGAUUGCGGAGGCCAGGUCAUCUGAUGCAGCACUCCUUCACUCUCCUUCUUGGUCAAAUAGCCCUUACACAGCCUGGAGGUGUGUUGGGUCAUUGUUCUGUUGAAAAACAAAUGAUAGUCCCACUAAGCACAAACCAGAUGGGAUGGCGUAUCGCUGCAGAAUGCUGUGGUAGCCAUGCUGGUUAAGUGUGCCUUGAAUUCUAAAUAAAUCAUAGACAGUGUCACCAGCAAAGCACGCCCACACCAUAACACCUUCUUCUCCAUGCUUUACGGUGGGAAAUACACAUGCGGAGAAUAUCCGUUCACCCACAUCGCGUCUCACAAAGACACAGCAUUUUGAACCAAAAAUCUCAAAUUUGGACGCCAGACCAAAGGACACAUUUCCACCGGUCUAAUGUCCAUUGCUCGUGUUUCUUGGCCCAAGCAGGUCUCUUCUUAUUAUUGGUGUCCUUUAGUAGUGGUUUCUUUGCAGCAAUUCAACCAUGAAGUCCUGAUUCACACAGUCCCCUCUGAACAGUUGAUGUUGAGAUGUCUGUUACUUGAACUCUGGGAAGCAUUUAUUUGGGCUGCAAUUUCUGAGGCUGGUAACUCUAAUGAUCUUAUCCUCUGCAGCAGAGGUAACUCUGGGUCUUCCAUUCCUGUGGCGGUCCGCAUGAUGGUUUUUGCGACUGCACUUUUUGGCAAAAGUUCUUGAAAUGUUCCGGAUUGACUGACCUUCAUGUCUUAAAGUAAUGAUGGACUGUCGUUUCUCUUUGCUUAUUUGAGCUGUUCUUGCCAAAAUAUGGACUUGGUCUUUUACCAAAUAGGGCUAUCUUCUGUAUGCCACCCCUACCUUGUCAGAACACAACUGAUUGGCUCAAAUUAACUUUUAACAAGGCACACCUGUUAAUUGAAAUGCAUUCCAGGUGACUGCCUCAUGAAGCUGGUUAAGAGAAUGCCAAGAUUGUGCAAAGCUGUCAUCAAGGCAAAGGGUGGCUAUUGAAAGAAUCUCAAAUAUAUGUUUAUUUGUUUAACACUUUCUUGGUUACUACAUGAUUCCAUAGGUGUUAUUUCAUAUUUUUGAUGUCUUCACUAUUAUUCUACAAUGUAGAAAGUAAUCAAAAUAAAGAAAAACCCUUGAAUGAGUAGGUGUGUCCAACCUUUUGACUUGUACUGUAUAUGUAAGAAAUUAACAGCAAAGCUCCUCUUACAUGAAUACACAUUGUUUUUAAUUAGGUUGAUGUAAAGCCUUGAUUCAACCCAGUGCUCAAUAAAGUAGUCCUCACUGAGGAUUUCAUUUCUUCCCCGAUAAAAGCAUACUUAAUAUAAAGAUGACUAGACACGAGGCCCGCUGGGUUAUGUAAGCUCACAAUCACGUCUCUAUUGUUCACCAAAGCUCUGUCCCUCUCUCUCAAGUUAAGCACAUAAAUGUCAAUGACUCUCAGGCAUAUUAAAGUUCUACUUCAAACAGCAGUCUCAGUUAUAUAAUCUAUAAUUUUUAUCAAAUGAAAAUGUGCCAUUUUAGAUUAAACGUUUUAAUGAAAUAUAGACCGACUAGCCCUAUAUUCUUUAAGUAUUUUACAUUCAUCAGCCUUGCGAUUUCCAGUGCUCCUGAAAAGUCGUUAUUUCAUUGGGGGCGGGAAUUGAAAACCUAGACGACGAAAGUUGCAGCUGUCCGGUAUCAAUGUGAGAUCAGUUAAAUCACCUGUUUGUUCUUGUGGGUUUUGCAUUGCAAUCAAGGUUAUUUUAGCAUGAUGAUGCAUGUAACCUCCCAUAAAUAUGUGUUGAGAAAGCCAGUGCUAACACAGUGCUCAGUGCAAAGUUCAGCUUCUUUUGUUUGAUCUCAAACUCACCUGGGUAUUGACCAUCACUUUAGGAAAUGGGGCAGGAGUUUGAGAUUCGGCGACUCUCAUUGGAGGAGCAGAAGAACUGUCUCCAACAGCAACUGGACAACCUGAAGGAGGAGCUUUCUGCCAAGCUCAACAUAGCCAAUCAAGAGGUAAGGAAAGUCUUUGACACAAACCAGGUUUCCAUCCAAUUAUGUGAGUAAAGUAUCUGUCAGAUAAAAAAACUCACGACAGGUCAGAUGAAAACUGUCAAAUUGUCAGUACAUUUCCUAAACGUCGACAAAACAAAAUAGGCUAGACAACGUCAUUUAUUUUGUCAUUUAGUUAGCGACAAUUUGUGUGGUACUCCCAACCUCGAUAAAAGCAUCAGUACUAAGAUAAAUAAUUAUGAGAACUUCACGGGUGGAAGUACACAAUAGAUUCAUGUAUUUGUAUGCUUGACUUAUGAUCGAUACUGUGACAAAACAAAUUAUUUUGCUCUUCAUAACUAUCUGUAGCCUCCUCUGCCCUGUAUCUGAGCUGAUGGUAAAGAGCAUGCAAGUCGGCAGUUUGCGUUUUCGAAACUUUUGUCAAACCAUGAUAGUUAAAAAGGAUGAAACGCAUAGAAUUUCAUUUGAAUGAAAAGUAUGACAUGCUUUUGUGCGCUACGUCCUACCACGGCAUUUGAUUUCGGACGCCAGUUGAGGAAUGCUGCUGCUGGUAAAAUGUGCAUAUUCUUUUGUGCGAAUAAAAUCUUAAAUCUUUCCACAAAUUGAUGGGUGAUUCUUAAAGUCCAUAGCAUUUAAUUAUGUAGCUCAUUACAAACUUACUCAUGAACGUAACCCUUGUGUUCUCUGUACUGUACUCAGUGCAGCGUAUACAUUUGGAAACUAGCUAGCAACUGUAUCUACGAUUGAUUAUGAACGUACCAGUCUGUCAAAUAGACAUUCUGAAAAUUCCAACACCAAUGGCAUGGCAAGGGUUGCAAAGCUACCGGUAAUUGACUAAAGUUACCGCAAUCUCAGUAUUCACAAAAAUAAGGCAUCAAUGACUUGAAACUCUUAUCCUUUUAAACAGUAUUUAGGUUAUAUCGUGUCCUUGCUAUUUUCAAGUAGAUACACUUCAGGGUCAAAGAAAAUACCAAUUAAUAAAAAAGCAUCUACAACAUGCAUAUUUUCAUUCCUCUGCUUGUCCAUAUGUUUUUCUGAACGGGUUGACUGCAAACAUACAACAAAAUAUAUUGACAUAACUCAGCAAUACGUCCUUUUAGGACCCUGUCUUCAAAGAUUCGUAAAAUCAAUAACUCACAGAUCUCAUUGUAACGGGUUAAACAAUGUUCCAUGCUUGUGAUGAACCAUAACAUUAUGACAUGCACCUGUGGAACGGUCGUAGGUAAUUAAGGUCACAGUUAUGAAAACUUAGGACACUAAAGAGGCCUUUCUACUGACUCUGAAAAACACCAAAAGAAAGAUGCCCAGGGUCCAUGCUCAUCCUCAUGAACGUACCUUAGGCAUGCUGCAAGGAGGCAUGAAGACUGCAGAUGUGCCCAGGGCUAUAAAUUGCAAUGUCCUUACUGUGAGACGCCUAAGACAGCGCUACAGGGAGACGGGAUGGACAGCUGAUUGUCCUCGCAGUGGCAGACCACGUGUAACAACACCUGCACAGGAUCGGUACAUCCGAACAUCACAUCUGCGGGACAGGUACAGGAUGGCAACAACAAGUGCCCGAGUUACUCCAGGAACGCACAAUCCCUCCAUCAGUGCUCAGACUGUCCGCAAUAGGCUGAGAGAGGCUGGACUGAGGGCUUGUAGGCCUGUUGUAAGGCAGGUCCUCACCAGACAUCACUGGCAACAACGUCGCCUAUGGGUACAAACCCACCGUCGCUGGACCAGACAGGACUAGCAAAAAGUGCUCUUCACUGACGAGUCGCGGUUUUGUCUCACAAGGGGUGAUGGUCGGAUUCGCGUUUAUCGUCGAAGGAAUGAGCGUUACACCGAGGCCUGUACUCUGUAGCGGGAUCGAUUUGGAGGUGGAGGGUCCGUCAUGGUCUGGGGCGGUGUGUCACAGCAUCAUCGGACUGAGCUUGUUGUCAUUGCAGGCAAUCUCAACGCUGUGCGUUACAGGGAAGACAUCCUCCUCCAUCCUGACAUGACCCUCCAGCAUGACAAUGCCACCAGCCAUUCUCCUCAUUCUGUGUGUGAUUUCCUUCAAGACAGGAAUGUCAGUGUUCUGCCAUGGCCAGCGAAGAGCCCGGAUCUCAAUUCCAUUGAGCAUGUCUAGGACCUGUUGGAUCGGAGGGUGAGGGCUAGGGCCAUUCACCCCAGAAAUGUCCGGGAACUUGCAGGUGCCUUGGUAGAAGAGUGGGGUAACAUCUCACAGCAAGAACUGGCAAAUCUGGUGCAGUCCAUGAGGAGGAGAUGCACUGCAGUACUUAAUGCAGCUGGUGGCCACACCAGAUACUGACUGUUACUUUUGAUUUUGACCCCCCCCCCCCCCUUUGUUCAGGGACACAUUAUUCAAUUUCUGUUAGUAACAUGUCUGUGGAACUUGUUCAGUUUAUACAAAUAUUUACACAUGUUAAGUUUGUUGAAAAUAAACGCAGUUGACAGUGAGAGGACUUUUUUUUUUUUUGCUGAGUUUAGUAAAAUAAAUAAGUGUGAAAAAAAUUAUAUAAAGGAUAUUUAAUGCUGAAACCCUCAUAUUAAACACCAAUGGUAUUCACAAAGUUAGUUGAUGGUUUAUAUUUAGGAUAAUGUUUUACAGCUUUGUCAUUUUAUUAUUUUUUGUUUUAAAACAUCAUAUGUAGUUAUUUCAUAUAUUUUGUGAUAAGGCCACACAGAGGGCCAGAGAUCAUUAGACACGUGUGAUAAUCUGAAGUACCCAAAACAGCCACUAGAUGUCCUGUGAUAGAUUACAUAAAAUCCUUAAAAAGAUACAACAAUUCUGGUAGUUUGCUGGUAUACCCUCCCCUUUGCAACCCUAGGCAUGGCCAUUCCUCUCUGUCACUCCUACCUGAUUGGUCCUUGAGUUGCACGACAUCUGACCUAAUUUCCCGUCCACUGCAGGUGUCUCACCUUCAGGAGUUGGUGAAGGAAGGGGAGCAGAAUCUUGGAUCUGCACACAGCCACAUCUCCAGUCUGAAGGACACCCAGGAGAAACUAUGCAUUGAGCUGGACACCACCAGAGCCAGAGUGAGAGAGACCAGCAACCUGCUCACUGACCUGCAGGUAAGGCUUCUUGUGCCUUAUGCUCAGAUCUACGAUCAGCUUCCCUCACCAAAUCCUCACACACUAAUAUGUGCAUACCCUCAAAUUCUAUUACAAAAUGUCUGAUUAAUUUACUUCCAGUUAAUUUAAUUCCUAAAUUAACACUAGGUAACUGCUGCUUUACUCAUACUCCCUGGUAUUCUCUUACUCUGCUCAAUAAAAUCACAAAUCUGAAAUACAGAAAUCAUGGCAAGAUAUAAUAAUAUAAUAAUAUAAUAAGAUAUCAACUAUGCCACUACUGUACAUGUAAAAUGGGAAUACCACAUACAUGCACAAAUAUUCCUAUAUAGGUACAGUUUAAAACAUUCUCACACCUAUCUUUUUAAAUUAAUCAGAUUACUCAAACUCUUGAUGUUAAAGUUUAAACACUGAGGUAAACACUAAUGCUCAGGCACUAUUUAAAAGGAAGAUCUAUGUAGACCCCUUCUUGCCUUCUAAAGAAUCAUCAAAUAACCUUUUCUUCCAAAAACGGUUCUUAGGAUGAAAAAGGUUCUUAAAAAGAACCGUUGUCUUCCAAAAAGGGUUCUUCAAAUAGGCUAGUGGCAAAGCCCUCCUAGAACAAAACACAAGCAUAUUUUUUCACAUCCCUAUUGUCUCACAAAGUAUAUGAAAUGAAUGGCUGUGUAAAACUAUUUUACUGCAAAAGUGGUUACAUUUAUAGAUAUUGUGAAACCCUAAACUGAAAACGUGCAGAAUAAUACCUGGCUGGAAGGGGGAUGGGCAAAAAUGGGGAAUACAAGUAGUCAGUUGUCUGCCCUACAUACACAAACAAAGAGCAUCAGGAUAUCUUAAUGCAUCUUGGAAAUAUAGACCUGUAAACACAGAGAUACCAUAGGCAGAAAUGUCAACUAUUAAUAUUUAUGAUGAAUGUAAGCUUUACUUUUUGGUAGCUGAUUAAUAGGCAACUUUCCAAGUCAAAUUCUGCCUGACAAAAUACAUACAGUUACACAUGUUUUUUUUUUAAUUUAGUGGCUAGUGUAAUCUGCUCUGAGGAAAACAAGUGGGUUCAGACAUCAGAAUUCGAUUUCUUUAGGGUCCAAGGUUCCUUGAUGGAUUUUGUAUUAUUAGCCCAUACUCUUGUAAUUAAGUCGGGGGCCACCACAGAUGAUCGUUGGGGCCACCAUGGAUUUGCCUCAAAUCCAAUAUGGUGUCCAAAAUCCAAUAUGGAUGCCAUAAUACCAUUUGAUGGAGGUUAAAUCACAUGUAAAUAUGAAUUUUGUAUAUAAGAGGCAUUUUUUCAGAAUUGUGUACAACAAUCAUGCCCAUGAAGACUAUUUUGGUGUAAAUCAAUUUUAUUUUGAAUCUAAUAUGGACAGCAUGAUUACACUCGAACACCUUUGCCUGCAUAUAUUUAUAUUGUUUUGAAUAUGCUAUUCUGUCUUUAAAAGGGUUUCAUGAGGCUCUUUGUUUUUGAAUAUGUGAAGCCAAAUAGCUUUUCAAUGUGUGUUAAUAUUUACAGUGCAUUCGGAAAGUAUUCAGACCAUUUCACUUUUUCCACAUUUUGUUACGUUACUGCCUUAUUCUAAAAUGUAUUCAAUUGUUUUUUUCCCCUCAUCAAUCUACACACAAUACCCCAUAAUGACAAAGCAAAAACUGGUUUUUAGAAAUGUUUGCUUAGUUAAUAAAUAUCAAAUAUGCAUAAGUAUUCAGACCCUUUACUCAGUACUUUGUUGAAGCACCUUUGGCAGCGAUUACAGCCUAGAGACUUCUUGGGUAUGAAACUACAAGCUUGGCACACCUGUAUUUGGGGAGUUUCUAGUAUUCUUCUCUGCAGAUCCUCUCAAGCUCUGUCAGGUUGAAUAGGGAGCUUCGCUGCACAGCUAUUUUCAGGUCUCUCCAGAGAGAUUCGAUCAGUUUCAUGUCCUGGCUCUGGCUGGGCCACUCAUGGACAUUCAGAGACCUGUCCCAAAGCCACUCCUGCGUUGUCUUGGCUGUGUGCUUAGGGUCAUUGUCCUGUUGGAAGCUGAACCUUUGCCCCAGUCUAAGGUCCUGAGUGCUCUGGAGUAGGUUUUCAUCAAUGAUCACUCUGUACUUUGCUCCGUUCCUCUUUCCCUCGAUCCUGUCUACUCUCCCACUCCCUGCUGCUGAAAAACAUCCCCACAGCAUGAUGCUGCCACCACCAUGCUUCACCGUAGGGAUGGUGCCAGGUUUCCUCCAGACGUGACGCUUGGCAUUCAGGCCAAAGAGUUAAAUCUUGGUUACAUCAGACCAGAGAAUGUUGUUUAUCGUGGUCAGAGUCCUUUAGGUGCCUUUUGGCAAACUCCAAGCGGGCUGUCAUGUGCCUUUUACUGAGGAGUGGCUUACGUCUGGCCUGAUUGGUAGAGUGCUGCAGAGAUGGUUGUCCUUCUGGAAGGUUCUCCCAUCUCCACAGAGGAUCAUCAGGUGACCAUCAGGUUUUUGGUCACCUCCCUGACCAAGGCCCUUCUCCCCCGGUUGCUCAGUUUGGAAGAGUCUUGGUGGUUCUAAACUUGUUCAUUUAAAAAUGAUGGAGACCACUGUGUUCUUGGGGAACUUCAAUGCUGCAGAAGCUCUAUGGACAAUUCCUUCGACCUCAUGGCUUGGUUUUUGCUCUGACAUGCAUUGUCAACUGUGGGACCUUUAUAUAGACAGUGUUGUGCCUUUCCAAAUCAUGUCCAAUCAAUUUAAUUUACCACAGGUGUUUUCCAAUCAAGUUGUAGAAACAUCUCAAGGAUGAUCAAUGGAAACAGGAAGCACCUGAGCUCCAUUUCGAGUCUCAUAGCAAAGGGUCUGAAUACUUAUGUAAAUAAGGUAUAUUUUUUAUACAGUUGCUAAUAUUUCUAAAACCUGUUUUCGCUUUGUCAUGAUGUUGUAUUGUGUGUAGAUUGAUGAGAAAAACAAACAAUUUAAUCCAUUUUAGAAUAAGGUUGUAACGUAACAAAAUGUGGAAAAAGUAAAGGGGUCUGAAUACUUUCCGAAUGCACUGUAUCAGCAGCAAAUAAUUUGACCGCACGCCUUGGGGGUUGAUACCAUUCUCUUUUACGUUUUACUUGGUAAAAAGAAGCUGCUAUGUGGGACUCUUUUAUUGAUUAUUACUCUUACUAAUCACAGUUAUUGUAAAGGAAACGAAAGCAUGCUACAUGUUGCAAUAGGCCUUUUAGUAUAAUGCAAAACAUAUCCUUGACUCUUUCCAACUUGAUGAGCGGGAAACCAACGAUGCCAGUCAGCCUGCACAGCCGGCCCAUCGAAACUACACCUAAACUAUACCGAAACUAAUUUCACACAUGAUAAGAGUUAGCCUAUAGAUAAGAUUAAAUUGACAAUAAUCUGAUGAGUGACACUAUUAGGUCUAUCAGUUGUCAAAUUGUACAUAAAAAGAUGGGCACAUCUUGUAAUAUACAGAUGCAGGGAAAGGAUAAUAAUUUUAUCAACUCCUCCUUCAGAGUCACAUGCAGGUAAAACAUUUUUAUAUGUAUCAGAAAGAGCAUGUUCUGCAGUUUCUAUUACACUAACCUUUGUCAAAUAACACUUAUAAUUGAAGAGGUGCAGCUCUAUUUUCAAAUUUAACUUUUUCCAAGAAUAUCCAUGCUGUCCAUGCAUUCAGCACAUGACCACUCGUGCAGCAGCAUUGCUCUGGCUACUAAGCAAAAAUGUGUAACAUAAUAAACUUAAAACUAGAUGGUAACUUUACAAGUGAAGUUAUGGGGCUUGCUAAAGCUCUUUUAAAAGUUUUUUUGUGGUAGUGAAAGAAGUUUAAAAAGUUGCACUUUGAUUAUAUUAUUGAAAUAGUGAAAUCAUUUUAAAUUCCCAUCGAUAGUCAGUAGAUUUGGUCAGAAAUUGUGGUCAGUAGUAGUGGUCAGUAGUUAUGCGGUUCAGUAGUUAUAGUCUGUAGUUGUGUGGUUCAGUUGUUGUGGUCACUCUUCACUCUCCUCAUAAUUUUUGCCAUCUGUGUCUGUGAGUAUCCUAGCAACGGCUCCGUUUUGGAAUCUCAAUGACACAGAGAGCUGUUGCUACAAAGAGAGCAGGCGAUGGGUAACUAAAACUGCUCUAUCUAGAGAUUGGUACACACGAUUUCUAAUCCAAUUUUGGAUUUGACAAUUAGAGAAGUAGCGGAAGAUAUCACACAUUUGAAAAAAUGUCCCUUAACUUAUUGUGUUAGUGGUCAAAACUGCAGUUUUUGGGAAAAGUUGGAAGAAGAUGUGGUAAUGCAGUUACUAAAACAGCUGUACUGUAAGUUCUGUAGUGAAUAUUUUGAUUCCGUGAACAGAUAUGAAUAGCAGAGAAGUAGACAAAUAUUGUUGGGGUAGUGGUCGAAAUGGCAAUUGUUUGCAAAAUGUUACAGAAAAUGUUGUUGAUGCAGUUACUUAAACUGCUGUAACUUUUUAUCCGAAUAUAAUUUUUUGUUCAAAUGCCAGAUUUGAGUACCAGAGAACGCUCUAACUUUUUGUCUAAAUUGUUGCAAAGUGGAAUAAUUAGCUGAUUUGUGUCAAAAGUUGCAUGAUUUCACUUAGAGAAUGGCAGUUUGAAGUGAGGAUGUCACAAUGGGGAUAUUUAGAAUCUGGAUAAAAUGCCAUGAUAGUGGAUUUAGGCCAAAAAACGGACUAAAAGUUUAAUAACGUAAAAAGUAUAACAGAUAUCAAGUAUAACAGAUAUCAAAAAGUUGUAUACAAACAACUCGAGUGAGACCAUUCCGGACGUUUUGAACAUUGAAUGGCGUUGAGUACCAGAGAACGCUCUAACUUUUUGUCUAAAUUGUUGCAAAGUGGAAUAAUUAGCUGAUUUGUGUCAAAAGUUGCAUGAUUUCACUUAGAGAAUGGCAGUUUGAAGUGAGGAUGUCACAAUGGGGAUAUUUAGAAUCUGGAUAAAAUGCCAUGAUAGUGGAUUUAGGCCAAAAAACGGACUAAAAGUUUAAUAACGUAAAAAGUAUAACAGAUAUCAAGUAUAACAGAUAUCAAAAAGUUGUAUACAAACAACUCGAGUGAGACCAUUCCGGACGUUUUGAACAUUGAAUGGCGUUUCUAGCUUAAACUGUGUAGGAGGAGUAGCGUGCGGAAGAAGAAGAAGAAUAAUAAGAAGAAGUAUGUCGAAUAUCUAAGCUGGGGCGCUUGCUGCGCAAGCCCCACAAUUAAAAUAUGCUAUUUAUUUAUGCAAUUCAUCCUUUACAAUUGUUCAUGCACUGGUGCUUAUGUUUAGGAAUACAGCAAAUAAUUUAACCUGUGCACCUGGCUGGUUAUAUUAUUAUUAUAUUUUUCAUUUCUACUUUGUCAAAAGAAGCUGUAACUGGACUUUAUUAAUUACUGUAACUCUAUUACUAAUUUAAUCUACAGUGAGGGAAAAAAGUAUUUGAUCCCCUGCUGAUUUUGUAUGUUUGCCUACUGACAAAGAUAUGAUCAGUCUAUAAUUUUAAUGGUAGGUUUAUUUGAACAGUGAGAGACAGAAUAACAAACAAACAAAAAAAAUCCAGAAAAAUGCAUGUCGAAAAUGUUAUUAAUUGAUUUGCAUUUUAAUGAGGGAAAUAAGUAUUUGACCCCUCUGCCAAACAUGACUUAGUACUUGGUGGCAAAACCCUUGUUGACAGUCACAGAGGUCAGACGUUUCUUGUAGUUGGCACCAGGUUUGCACACAUCUCAGGAAGGAUUUUGUCCCACUCCUCUUUGCAGAUCUUCUCCAAGUCAUUAAGGUUUCGAGUCUGACAACUUGAACCUUCAGCUCCCUCCACAGAUUUUCUAUGGGAUUAAGGUCUGGAGACUGGCCUGGCCACUCCUUUGUUGCCUUGGCCGUGUGUUUUGGGUCAUUGUCAUGCUGGAAUACCCAUCCACGACCCAUUUUCAAUGCCCUGGCUGAGGGAAGGAGGUUCUCACCCAAGAUUUGACGGUACAUGGCCCCGUCCAUCGUCCCAUUUGAUAUGGUGAAGUUGUCCUGUCCCCUUAGCAGAAAAACACCCCCAAAGCAUAAUGUUUCCACCUCCAUGUUUGACGGUGGGGAUGGUGUUCUUGGGGUCAUAGGCAGCAUUCCUCCUCCUCCAAACACGGCGAGUUGAGUUGAUGCCAAAGAGCUCGAUUUUGGUCUCAUCUGACCACAACACUUUCACCCAGUUCUCCUCUGAAUCAUUCAGAUGUUCAUUGGCAAACUUCAGACGGGCCUGUAUAUGUGCUUUCUUGAGCAGGGGGACCUUGCGGGCGCUGCAGGAUUUCAGUCCUUCACGGCGUAGUGUGUUACCAAUUGUUUUCUUGGUGACUAUGGUCCCAGCUGCCUUGAGAUCAUUGACAAGAUCCUCCCGUGUAGUUCUGGGCUGAUUCCUCACCGUUCUCAUGAUCAUUGCAACUCCACGAGGUGAGAUCUUGCAUGGAGCCCCAGGCCGAGGGAGAUUGACAGUUCUUUUGUGUUUCUUCCAUUUGCAAAUAAUCGCACCAACUGUUGUCACCUUCUCACCAAGCUGCUUGGCGAUGGUCUUGUAGCCCAUUCCAGCCUUGUGUAGGUCUACAAUCUUGUCCCUGAUAUCCUUGGAGAGCUCUUUGGUCUUGGCCAUGGUGGAGAGUUUGGAAUCUGAUUGAUUGAUUGCUUCUGUGGACAGGUGUCUUUUAUACAGGUAACAAACUGAGAUUAGGAGCACUCCCUUUAAGAGUGUGCUCCUAAUCUCAGCUCGUUACCUGUAUAAAAGACACCUGGGAGCCAGAAAUCUUUCUGAUUGAGAGGGGUCAAAUACUUAUUUCCCUCAUUAAAAUACAAAUCAAUUUAUAACAUUUUUGACAUGCGUUUUUCUGGAUUUUUUUGUUGUUAUUCUGUCUCUCACUGUUCAAAUAAACCUACCAUUCAAAUUAUAGAUUGAUAAUUUCUUUGUCAGUGGGCAAACAUACAAAAUCAGCAGGGGAUCAAAUAAUUUGUUUCCCUCACUGUACAAAUAAAGUUGUUCAAAUGGGUUACACUGUAAUCUUUUUAUUGUAAGGGAAACAAAAAUAGGCUAUAGGCCUCUGUUUUUUCUAGGACUUUUUAGAAUUAUACAAAACAUAUCCUUGACUUUUGUGGUUAUUUUUUAUUUAUUUAUAUAUUUCCACUAAUUUCUUCAUGCAAUUAAUCCUUUAAAAUAGUUGAUGCACUAUUUAUCAAGCGUUGGUGCUUAUGUUUGCUGCAUCUUGCGGGUUGAUAUGCAUCUGAUGCAUAUGCUAAAGGAGACGUCCGGCAACGUUCUCUAGCGGGUACUUAUAGGCUGAAAGUCCAGAUGGUUCUAGUGUUAAUGGUAUUGUGGCAGCCAUAUUGGAUUUUGGACGCCAUAUUGGAUUUGGAGUCAAAUCACAGUUGGUACAUCAUUGCACACACAAAAAUAUAUUUCACAGCGGUUUAAAUGGUGCAAUGAUUCUCUAUGCUUGUUUUGUCACAUAAACUGAAAUUAGGCGAACUUUUAGAAUUUUAGCAAACAGGAAAUGGCGGAGCAAUUUCUGCAUAUUGCACCUUUAAAUAUAAAAGUGAUUGCAAUAUGAUUGAAAUAUGUAACCUAUAUAGCUAUCUUAUAAUGCAGUCAUCUCAGUUUUCAUUAGACUUUCUUUUAAAUCCUUAGUUUGUUUUUAACAUUGCAAACUUCUUAUUUGGAUUCAACAAAGUCAUUGGUGGACACAGAGAGACAGAUAAACAUUUUGAUUCUGUUUUUAGUGGAUAUCUUCUGUGUGUAAAGUGAGGAGGGCAAAAAAUAAUCUAACAACGCACUUAGUUGUAGUCUGAGGCAGUUGUUAGAUUACAAGCGUUUUCAAGUGCAACGUAAAUUACGAUGGUUUAGGGAAACGGCCUUUAAAUUUUACGAUGCUUCUAUGAAGAUUCUGACGAUGAGCUUUGCCUUAAGAUACUUUUGGCAAACCUGUCCCUGGUUAAUAGCUCGGGUUGAUGUGUAAGUACAGAGUAUAUAAUUAAUCAUUAUAAUCUUGCUUUUGAUGUCAGUCUAAACUACAGAUUAUCCUCAUUGAGAAGCAAAUAGUAUGUAUAUAUUUUUUUAACCAAAUGUUUAACUCCAUUACCCUCAGACUGUACUCAUGACUAAUGCUGUAUCAUGCCUCAGCUUCCCUGAACUGGUCUCUGGUUUGCCCACGUGUCCAGGAGGAGAUUGAGACCCAGAAACAGCAGCAUGAAGCCAGGGUAAUGUCAAUAAGGACAGAGGAGAAGCAGAAAAUUGACAAAAUGGCUGAAGACCUGGACCAAAAAUGGACAGAUGCUCUGAGGUAGGCCUUUAUAUCACUCAGUAGGUUAUAUUGUCCCUAAGCUAUUGUGCAUAGUGCAGAUAAACAACUCAAAUCUGGCCUAUGUGGUAGUGAACUAAAUAAAUCAAAAUUGUUUAGCAUAAUUUGAUUUUAGCUAAUCACAUGACUGCAAGUCGUGGCUCCGAAUCAGAGGUACACAAGAUAGGGGAAUGGGUUACGAGGUUCGGAGGGAGAUUAUUCAUUAGAGAUAAAGCCAAGGGGGAGGGGUUCGGAGGGAGAUGAUUGAUUAGAGUUAAUGACAAUGGCUAUAGCAGGUAGCCUAGCAGUUAAGAGCAUUGGGCCAGUAACUGAAAGAUUGCUGGUUCGAAUCCCCGAGCCUGCAAGGUGGAAAAAUCUGCCGUUCUGCCCUUGAGCAAGGCAGUUAACCCACAACAACUACUGCUUCCCGGGCAUGAUGACGUCGAUUUAAGGCAGUCCCCUGCACCUCUCUGAUCAGAUGGGUUAAAUGUGGAAGACACAUUUCGGUUGAAUACAUUCAGUUGUGCAACUGACUAGGUAUCCCCUUUCCCUAUAGAUUGGUACUUUUUCUAUUGGACCAGGACUUUUCCCCACUCUUUCUAUUGGGUUUACAAAGGCCAUGUUUGACGUGUUGAUCCAGUAGACCUUUCAAGCAUUGGGUUGAAGUGUCUGGUGAACGAGAUAACCAAGGAUGGCUGUGCAACCCAGAAUCUGAGAUGUAGUGUUUCAGGCAUCAGGAUGAUCAACGUCUCUCUUUCUCUCUCUCUCUCUCUCUCUACCCCUUCCUCCCCCUCACCCACUCUAUAGGGAGGAGUUGAGGUUGCUGAAGGAGGAGUUGACAGAGGAAUAUGAGGCCGACAGACAGGCCUCUCUGUCCCAGCUGUCUCAGCAGAAGGAGCUGGAGUUGAUGGCUGCCAGGGAGGGCUGGCAGAGGAAAGUGGAGGACCUGCUGGAACAGGUAGUGUCACGUUGUCAUGAUAUUCAGGACCACAAUACUUUUGAGUAAGGAAAGAAAACAUGAAGCAGACUGAAUUUCCCGAGGAAAACGGUUUUAAUGUUAAAAUGUGGAUUUAGGUUGUCACGUUUGUAAAUGUUUGAAGCUAUAGCUCACACUAUUUUAUUUGAAGCAGGUUUAUAAAUGACAAUGGAGUUCAGUCUGUGUCUUGUUUUCUUUUUUUGCCAUGGAAAAUUGAGUAUCAUAUUAUCACGAUACUGGGAUUGCGACAACACUACACCCUAUUAAACACGUCACACACACUCACACACACUAACCUAG